AUGAGGUCUUUAUCAAGUGCUGGUGCUGAUAUUUUAACAAAACACUCAAUUAAUUCGUUGCUGGAACAGCGUCAAGAUUUUUUGAGUAGGCGAAACGAGACCAAUGAUGAGCUAAUAUCACCUUUAAAUGAUCCGCCUAUCGCUCUUAACGAUUUUCUUGGCUUUGGCAAAUCAACUACAAAUCCCCUGCUAUUGGGCACAAAUGUGGACACGCUGUCUACUUCAAUGGCCGCCUACACACCAUUGACUCCGAGCUCAUCGCAAUCCUCGGCCUCGCCGGGUACACUGUCUGCGAAUUCUUUCGAUAUUUUUCAGUUUGAAAAUGUUGCACAAAAUAACACACCACUUAAGGUAUUUCAAAGAAACAUCAGCUUCGAUUGUUCUGCACCUUUAUCGCCAAGUACGCCCACCUCUAUUUACAAUCGCUCUUUUCUCAAUUCACCUUUAGUCAGCGAUGGCAGCAACUCAUCGAGCGCCAACGGUUUAUCGGUUGAUUCGAUACCGUUAAUGUAUCAGAAUAAUUUUAUGGGCAGCGGUAUUGGUGGCUGUCUAUCGAACAGUCGCUCCAACUCACCGGAAAGUCAGAACAGCAAUCAAUCCAAUGUGGAGCAUAACUUGAUUGAUAUGAUUAAUUUGCUCUCUGUAGCUGAUAAUGAGACGCAGAUUCCAUUGCACCAACAGCAGCAUUUGCCAUCGCAAUUGUCUUCUUCCGCUUCCCAGCACCAACUCUCCCAGCUGUCUUCGCAGCAGCCGCAACAUCUUCUAUCACCACUGCAAAUCGACCAGCAGUUUUCGCUCGGACAACAGCAGCAACAGCAGCAGCAGCAGCAGACAUCUACUACCUCACUCAGCAGUCUCGGGAAUGCCAACAAUAUGUCUGGCUUCACCACAAAUUUGUUCGAUGAGCAGCAGUUGCAGAAUUUCGAUGCGCUCACAGCUGUGGAUUUGGAAUUGUCGAAGUUACAAAAUAUGCAGGCAUUCAACGCCCUCAAACUAUUGCAGGCACAAUCGCAACAGGUGCCGUUGCUGAAUCAAUUGUUGCAAGGCUACAGCAAUAGCAUGAACCAGUUCAAAGGGCUGACACAGCCACAAGCGCAACCGCAAUCGGCCGCUGCAGCCGAUGCUCAUUUGGACCGCGUAGCAAAAUUUUAUCGCAGUUCGGCUGCACUCUAUGACGCCACUUGCACCUGGAGUGGCCAGUUGCCACCGCGCUCACAUCGCAUGUUAAACUAUUCACCGAAAGUGUUUCUUGGCGGCAUACCCUGGGACAUAAGCGAACAAUCGCUUAUACAAAUAUUCAAGCCGUUCGGACAGAUCAAAGUCGAAUGGCCCGGCAAAGAGCAGCAGGCGGCACAACCAAAAGGCUAUGUCUACAUCAUAUUCGAAUCGGACAAGCAGGUGAAAGCUUUGUUGUCAGCUUGUGUCUUGCAAAUCGAUGAUUCACAGAGUGGUGGCAUUUACUAUUUCAAGAUUUCGUCACGCCGUAUCAAAGCGAAAGAUGUUGAAGUCAUCCCUUGGAUUAUAGCUGAUUCCAACUUUGUCAAAUCAACUUCACAGAAACUGGAUCCAACUAAGACCGUAUUUGUGGGUGCAUUGCAUGGCAAACUUACUGCAGAGGGUUUGGCGAAAAUUAUGGAUGACCUCUUCGAUGGUGUUCUGUAUGCAGGUAUCGACACCGAUAAAUACAAAUAUCCAAUUGGUUCCGGACGUGUUACUUUCAACAACAAUCGCUCCUACAUGAAGGCGGUGUCGGCAGCUUUCAUUGAAAUACGCACAUCUAAAUUCACUAAAAAAGUGCAGGUAGAUCCAUAUUUGGAAGAUUCACUCUGCUCCAUCUGUGGUGUGCAGCACGGGCCGUACUUUUGUCGUGAACUCUCCUGCUUUAGAUAUUUCUGUCGAUCGUGCUGGCAAUGGCAGCAUUACUCCGAUGGCGUUAAAAAUCACAAGCCACUAACGAGAAAUUCAAAAUCACAAAUGUUAGUUGGAAUCGGGCCUAGUUCCUCCUCUGCAUCGUUGUCAUCCAUAAACUCAAGCUCUCAGCCCCAACAGCAACCAAAUUUGCAGUCACAACAUGCAUCCCAACAACAGCAGAUGCAGCAACAACAACAACUGCAGCAACAGCAACAUGCUCAUCAAAACCACUUGAAUAAUGGCUAUCAACAAUUUGAGCAUGCGCAUCAGCAUCAAAACAAUUCACAUUUGCACCGUUUGCAUCAGAUGCAGCAACAGCAACAGCAACAGCAACAACAUCGAGCAUCGCCACAGUCAAUGUUUCAAAUGAACCAGCAGCAACAACACGAACAAUUGCAACACCAACAACAAAAUCAGCAGCAAUCUAUAUUUUAAGCAGUGUUUUGUUAGUGUUAAGCACGAAAUUCAAUUGAAUCUUUAAGUUGCUAGUUAGCCUAGCUUAUCUCACACACAAUCGUACAUAUGUAUAUCCAAUUGAAUAAUGUGUAAAUUAGUUUAAUUCCUAUCUCCCAGUAAUUUUCUUUCCUUUUGUUAAAAGUUCUAUAUUUUUUGUUAAUUCUACUUUUAGGCUGCAUAAAAAUAUUUUUGUAAAUAUUCUUAAUUUUUAGGCACAAUCUUUAAAAAUGCUCACACGCA